CGUUGCAUUUUGAUGAUAUGAUGACCUCGUUUACUCCGAACACCAGUAAUUUACGUCUAGCAACGGAACUGACCGAUGACCAGCCUCGAGAUGAGAACCUGGCCACAAUCGAAAUCGCCCUUCUAAGUAUUAUUUUUCUGAGCGCUGGGAUCCUGAACUGUGGGCUUUUGUUGGUGCUGUGGAGGAGGCGAAAACAGCUCUCUAGAAUGCGGGUCUUUGUUUUCCACCUCUGUUUGGCCGACCUAGUGGUCGCAUUUUUUCAGGUGUGUCCGCAACUGAUGUGGGACAUAACGGACAGGUUCCUCGGCCCCGAUCUGGUCUGCAGGCUAGUGAAGUACCUGCAGGUUGUCGGCAUGUUCGCUUCCACCUACAUGAUUGUGGUGAUGACCAUUGACCGCUACCAGGCCAUCUGCAACCCCAUGGUCACGUUCCAGAAGGGGCGGGCACGCUGGAAUGUCCCUGUGUGCAUCGCUUGGGCUAUAUCCCUCAUCGGCGGUCUCCCUCAGAUCUUCAUAUUUUCCCGGGUUCAAGUCGCUCCCGGUGUGUUCGACUGCUGGGCUCAAUUCAUACAACCUUGGGGACUAAGAACUUACGUUACUUGGACGACCCUGGUGAUUUUUGUCGUACCUGUUUUCACCGUGAUCGUGUGCCAGGUUCGAAUCUGUCGAGCCGUCCAGAUCAACUUGUAUAUCAAGACACACCAAGAAGGGGAAUCUGCAGUCGCCAACCCGCUACCCUCCAGGGCCAGCAGUGUUGCAGGUGUGUCCAAAGCCAGAAUAAAGACCGUGAAGAUGACAGUGGUGAUUGUUCUCGCUUACAUCAUCUGCUGGGCUCCAUUCUUCACGGUUCAGCUCUGGUCUGUCUGGGAUGUAAACGCGCCCACUGAAACUGCAACCUUUACCAUCCUGAUGCUUUUGGCCAGCCUGAACAGUUGCGCGAAUCCUUGCAUAUACCUUCUCUUCAGCGGACAGCUACCGAAAAGCCUGGUAGCGUUACUGUGCAGGAGCCAGUCUAAACUGAAAGACUCCGUGCCCGAGGAAGCCACGAUGGUCAGCUCUCUUUACAUGAGUUUCAAGAGCCUGUCGGACUCCAGAUAA